UCAACAGUAGAUCUCAGAAAGUUUGCUCAGAUAAAGAAAAACUGCAAGAUGCCUGCGUCAUAUUCUACCAAUAUGCGUUUUAAAUUUCCUAUUCUGGCAAUUGCACUAGAAGCUGUGAUCAUUAUUUUAUAUGGAUUUUUUAUUACCUAUGAUGAUGGAGCUAAUUCUAGACUUGCACCUAACAAUACUGACAAAAUGCAACAAGUCUACAAAAUCUAUCCAAGUUUCCAGGAUAUACACGUUAUGAUUUUUGUUGGAUUUGGUUUUCUGAUGACCUUCUUGAAGAACUAUGGAUUCAGCAGUGUUGGAUUUAAUUUACUCAUUGCUGCAUUUGGUCUUCAGUGGGGGAUUCUGAUGCAAGGUUGGCUGCACAAUUUCAAAGGUGGAAAAAUCAAAGUUGGCAUUCUCAGCUUAAUAAAUGCAGACUUCAGCACAGCAACUGCCCUGAUUUCAUUUGGUGCUGUCUUGGGGAAAACCAGUCCAAUCCAGCUGCUGAUUAUGACUCUUCUCGAGAUUACCAUAUUUGCUUGCAAUGAAUACUUGGUCACUACAGUCCUGAAGGCCAAAGAUGUUGGUGCGUCGAUGACUAUUCAUGCUUUUGGUGCAUACUUCGGUCUUGCUGUCAGUCGUGUCCUAUACAGACCAGGAUUGCAAGGUGGCCAUGAUAAUGAAGGAUCUGUGUAUCACUCAGAUUUGUUUGCUAUGAUUGGUACUCUCUUUUUAUGGAUGUUUUGGCCAAGCUUCAAUUCUGCCAUUGCAGAAAACCCUGAUGGACAAUACAGAGCUAUUAUCAACACUUAUUUCUCACUGGCUGCAUGUGUACUCACUGCUUAUGCUCUCUCUAGCUUGGUUGAUAAGAAAGGAAAAUUGGACAUGGUCCACAUACAAAAUGCUACUCUAGCAGGUGGUGUAGCCGCUGGGACCUCUGCUGACAUGAUGAUCCACCCUUAUGGAAGUCUGUUGAUUGGAUUUACGGCUGGAAUAAUCUCCACAGUUGGAUUUAAAUAUCUGACACCAAUUUUUGCAUCUAAAUUGAAUAUACAUGAUACCUGUGGUGUACACAAUCUUCAUGGCAUGCCUGGAAUACUUGGAGGUCUGGCUGGAAUAAUUGCAUCUGCCAUGGCCAGUGAAAAUGUAUAUGGUGCAGGACUUAUUCAAACUUUCCCAGCUGGAAGAUCUGGUAUUGAACAGGCUGGAUAUCAAGCUGCUGGAUUAGGUGUAUCCCUUGGUGUGGCCCUUAUUGGAGGGACUAUCACAGGUUUCAUUCUAUGCAUUUCUUUUUGGGGACAGCCACCAGAUCAAAAUUGUUUUGAUGAUGACAUUUAUUGGGAGUUGCCAGAUGGUGAAACUGAAAAUGAAAAUCUACUUUCAUCAGAACAUGGAAGGCAGAACAUUAAUGCUGAAGCAUGAACCAACAUGAUUUUUUUUAAACACAGACAUCAAUAUUUAGAGCCAACCAAAAAGAAAUCAGAAACACUAAUAUUUCAUCCAGAAUAUUUUAUAUAGCAUAGUAUAUUUAAAUGAAUAACAAAAGAAAUCUGAAAAUUAUAUUAGAAUUUACUUGCUGUCCUUUACAAAAUAUUUUGUGAAGUAAAAUAAUCUGAUAAAAAUUCAAAGUAUGUUUCCCUAUUGAUAAUAUCCAAGCUUUUUUCUAUUUCUUUUUAUUCAUAUAAUUUUCUAGUGCCCCAUUUGAUUUGCUUAUACGUAACGCCUAGAAUUCUCCCUUUUUUAUUGUAGUUGCAGAAAGGCAUGACGUCAAAUGAUUGUGGAUUCAAAGACACUGCAGGACUCAAAACUUACUUGUAGUCAAUUAAAUACAGAAAGAGUGUGGCAUUGCCAAAAGUUUAUUGGUAUAGAUUCUUGAUAAUCAUGGAAAUGAAAGUUUAUCAGGGGUAAGCAAAAAUAUGAUGUGAGAUUAUUAAAUGAUGAAGCAAGCAUAAGGGAAUGAGUGAUCUAGUGCUCCUAGUUCGAAUGUACAUACACAUGUUCAUGAAGAUUUUCAGGUAUGUUAAACUAAGAUACUAUCUGGCUUGUCUCAUAGAUUCUGUAGCACUUGUUGAAGAAAUAUAGGGAGUUCUCUCAGUUUUUUAGAUUAGAUUACUUACAGUGUGGAAACAAGCCCUUCGGCCCAACAAGUCCACACCAACCCGCCGAAGCGCAACCCACCCAUACCCCUACAUAUACCCCUUACCUAACACUACGGGCAAUUUAGCAUGGCCAAUUCACCUGACCCGCACAGCUUUGGACUGUGGGAGGAAACCGGAGCACCCGGAGGAAACCCACGCAGACACGGGGAGAACGUGCAAACUCCACACAGUCAGUCGCCUGAGGCGGGAAUUGAACCCAGGUCCCUGGCGCUGUGAGGCAGCAGUGCUAACCACUGUGCCACCGUGCCACCGUUUUCAAACUAAUGUUAAUGCAUUAACCAAUACCACUAAAACAAAGUAUUUAAUUAUUCAUGUGGGCGUUGUUUGUGAGGCUUCACUGCGAUGUAGAUUUGUCUAACAUAAGAUACAUAAGAACAGUGACUAUGCCUCAUAUAUUAAAAAAACUUAUUACUUGUAGGAUAUUUGGGAUAUUUUGAGCAUACAAAAGGCACCAUAUGAAUGACAAUUUUUUUCUUAGCUACAUAACAAAUAAUAGAGCAAUGGGAUAGAUACAAAAGUUAAUAUGUGUUCUUCAAGUAAGGAGUAGAAGAUAGCAGUAUUCUCAAAGCUGACCAGUAUCCAAGGGUCACAUUGGGAAGUGCACAUAUAAGGACAGAACUGGGCUUGCUUAUAAUUCUUGUAUGGUCAAAUAGCCUACUAAAUUACUGGACUUAGAUGUAGAAUGGCUACUUCUGGAAACUGGAGAGGUUGAUAUUUAAGAAAGUUGUUUUUCCUUGGUAUGAAACUUUAAUACAAUAAUCAUUCAAGUUUGAAAUUGGUGAACAAACUGGGAUCAAAAAAGCAAGAUUGCUUUGUAGCAUUGGUACUGACAAAACCUUUCCUUCACAAAUUCAUUUCCAGAAUAAAUUACAUUUAGAUAACAUAGUGAAAUGUUCCUACGUGCUUAAGAAGAGUGCAGGAGAAAUUAGUCACUUAACUAAAUCCUUGGUUAAAGAGGUAAGCUUUAAGGAAUGUCUGACAGAACAAUACAAAAGAAGCUGGAGAGAUUUAGAGAAUUGCAAGGUUUACUGCCUUGACAGCUGAAGGGUUGGUUAACCAAAUGUAUAGCAAGGGAGCUGGUGUUGAGGUGAUGAACAAGAGGACCAAAUUGGUUGAAAACAGGAUUCUUGGAUGGUUUUAGGACUCCAGGAGAUCAUACAGUUAGAGAAGAAUGAAGGAUUUGAACAGGAGGAUAAAACAUUUCGAUUUAAAGCAAGUACUAGGCACAGUUUCUCACUGGUAAUGGAAAAAGAUUAUUAUAAGCUAUUUCAAUAAUAAAUAUAAUUUGCAGCUUUCAAGACCUACGCGCCUACGGGUAGUAUAAGGCAUUUACAAAAUGUGCAGCAGGGAAUAGAGUUGAAAUAUAUAUGGAAACAAAAAGAUGCACAGAAAGCUACAAAACAAUGAUCUUGCACGUGCAAAAUUCCAUAUGAAUGCAUGACAAAAUAAUUUUUUUUAUAUUGGUGAGCAACAACAAUCAACAAUAACCACACUUUCGGCACAUAUUCAAAAAAUGGAAAAAUCAACAGCACUAUUCUUUAUUCUGUGCAACAUUCCACGUGACUUUUAUUACAGAGUUAUGGAUCUAAUAUUUUUAAUUUCUAAGAACAAGUAUUUUGUACACCCUGUGCAAUUUAUCAAAUGCUUGCAUCAGAUUAUAUUAUGUAAGUACUCACAGUGUCUCUGCAAGAAAAAUACACAGAAACAAAAAGUAACAGAUGGCACAAAAUAUACCAUAUAGUUUGUGAAAGAAAAACUUGAAUGUGUGCUUAAUAGUUUUUACAAGAAAUGUGUUUUCUGUUUUUGUGGAGAAUUUCUCGCAUUUUUAUUGCCUUGUUUAUUUUCUACAAAUGAUUUAUAAUACAAUAAAAUUUAUAAUGAAAAGUA